AUGAAGCUUGAAGCCCUCUGUGGGAUAGUCACUCCUGAAGUCCCCAAGUCUGAGAAGGAGGCUGACUUGUCAGAUGUGGAGCCCAGCUUGAAGACCCCACCACAAGAGGUCACGGUCAAGCACAGGUCCGGACUGGGGCCUGAGGCUGAGGCGCUGGAUUUCGUGGUGGCCACUGACCGGGAAUUUGAGGAAGUGCUGGCCAUCUCUGGAGGCAUUUACGGGGGCCUCGACUACCUUCCCAGCCGCUACCACAGCUGGCUCAGGGAUCCCAACCGCACAGUGGUGCUGGCCAAGCGCAAUGGAGGAGUGAUCGCUCUGGAGUCCGUGCACGUGAUCGACGCUGGGGAGACGGCGCUGGUGGAGGGGCUGCGCGUGGCGCCCUGGGAGCGUGGCAAGGGCGUGGCAGGCCUGCUGCAGCGCUUCUGCUCGAAGCUGGUCAAGGAGCAUUACCCGGGCAUCAAGGUGGCACGGCUGACCCGGGACGACCAGCUCGGCCCGCGGGAGCUAAAGAAAUACCGUCUAAUCACCAAGCAGGGCAUCCUUUGGGUCCGAUUCAACGCCUCGGCGCUGCUGGAGGAGCUGGGCGCGCGGCUGGCGGCGCUGCAGGCCUCUGGCACCUUCGCCCCCCUGCCCACCGAGGCCGUAUCGGAGGCCGGCGGCGACGUGGCGCGCCUCCUGCUGUCGCCUUUGGUGCAGCGAGACGUGCUUCCGGGAGGGACCAUUAUCCAGGACUGGCAGCCCUACCGGCCGAGCGAGAGCAACCUGCGCCUGCUGGCCACCAAGGGCCUGGAGUGGCGCGUGGACAGCCGCGCGCGUCCGCGCGUGCUCACGCUGUGCACGCGCCCUUUCCCCAUCCCGCACGGCGGCGACGGCACGUGGCGCUGCCUCAACAUCGACGCCUUUGGCAGCGAUGGCGCGCAGGUGCAGAGCCAGCUGCUGUGGCACCUGCAGCGCCAGGCCCCGCGCCUCGCUGGCCUCAACGUCAUGUGCCAGCUCUUUCUAGCGCCCCAGUUGUGGCCACAGCUAGCCGACUUCUGCCAGGCUGGGCUAGGGCUCGAGCUGGUCAAGGGUUACAGGGAACAGUACCUCCUGGAGGCUGACCUCUGAGGGUGGGAGGGAGGGAGGAGAUGCACUUUAGAGCCGCCCCCUUCCGCAGAUCCAGCCGGCCCCGCCCCUGCCCUCUCCAAGCUCCG